GUGAACAAUUGGGUUCUUUGUGGAAACUAAUUUAUGAAUAUGAUAUCCCCCAAAUAAGUCGGCUACUACUCUUACCAAAGGAUGGAUGUUCUCUGUUUAUUUCAAACUUCCUGCAUAGUUACUUGUUAACACGUUAUUCUAAAGUGUUACCCCGUCAACAUACAAAAUCAGUGCAGUUUCUAAACUAAUAUCCCCGUGUUUCAUAGUAGCCUACGACCGUUUCAGGAAUUAUCUGACUGGGGGAAAAAGAAAAAAAAACGGGCUGUGUCUCAAGCGUUGCCUUUUGACUUGCAUGCACGAAUAUGUAGGCAGCCUGUGUUAAGAGAGGAAUACAAGUAAUGCUGCGUUAUAUGAAUACUGUUUAACAUAAGCAGCAGGCAUCACUCCACCAUAAAUAUUUAUUUGCCGUAAAUUUGGAAAUAAAAACAUUAUUUUGCUUUUUUUUUUUUUUUUUUUUUUGGGGAUGCAUUUUUAGUAUUUCAUAUCAACUAAUGAGUCAAGACAGAUAUGGUAUAAAUCAUAGUUGAUUGCCUGUGGUUUAUACAUGAUACUCGAACGGAAAGGCUUAGGGAUACAACCACAAUAAACAUAAUUUUAUCUGCAUUAUUAAUUAAAAAUGAGGCCAAGUUUUGCUGUAUACUUCAAAUGCUGAAGCAAUAGAUCAGGAUGAAGGGCUUAAACUUUAUAAAUCACGCACCAGAUCAAAAAAUAUUCUGAAUACACCUCCAGAAGGACAAUGAUCUAUUUACAAUGGGAAUAUUUACUAAAGGAGUAUCUAGAUGGGUUUUAAGACCAUAUAGUGUACACUGUCUCUUUCUCUCAGGUGCUGUAUAACAUCUGUCCCUGAGCUCAACGCAGUGUCCUCAUGGGACUGAAAUGUACUUCAUUUUAGAACCUGUGCUGUUUAAUUAAUCACUGGAGACUAAUUUUCCAAUAAAUUAAAAGGUUGUGUUUAAUUUUAGAUCCACGUACAAAAAUAAUGUCUUAAUUAUGCACAGUAAGAACUAGUGCUGGGCGGUAUACCGGUUCAUACCGAAUACCGGUGUUUAUUUUUCUUAUGAUAUGAAUUUUUAAAAUACCGCAAUACCGGUGUUAUUUAAAUAACGUUCGGAACGCGACACACGGUUUGAGAGGGGUCUCUUUUCACUAUUGCAUUGUGGCAAGAACACAGCUGUAUGUGUUACUAAGCGUGUUCUGAAGCUGUAGAACUAGUAGAAGGUGAUGACACAGAAGAACUCAUCCACAAUAUCCACCGCGCGCCGCCACCAGCUCCCGCGUCUCACACACACGAGCGUGACUUUAGAACUAUAUUUAGCAACUUUCAGACCCUUUUAGCGGCUUUUAUUCCAUAGAAUAUACAAACUGACAAACCUAGCGAAUGUUUUGGAUAAACCUUAGCUAUGGUUCAGUUGGAAGAUGUCGCCAGUGCUGCCCCGCGAGCGCGAGAUCUGACUCCCGGCGCAGCGUCGCGUCUCUCUGCGUCUGUUCUGUGCAGCGAGCGGCAGAGAAGCAACGCAUUCAUUUGGCCGUACCGCGACUGUUUGGAAUUAUAAAUAUGAGCAUAGUUCGUCUGUUAAUAUUAUGCACUUUUUUUUUUUUAGUUUACUCAGACGCAGGCAGUGCGCUGCAUGAGACAAAAAAGUAAUAUAGCCAAAACCACCGCAUAUAGCCGCUCUUUAGUAUAACGUUAGAUGCAUGUUGAUUUUAUCAGACGAUGUCGCGAUUAUAAAUGAGAGUGACUCCUGGUUAACAUGUAUUAAUGGGUCGUGUUUAGUCACUAUUUAGUGUGGAAUUUUUCUACAAUAUUCGCUCAUCAUGACAGUAAAAUAGGGCAUUCUAAGUCAAUCUACUGCAGUUUUUCCUCUCUCAAUCAGUAGAAAAUGUGGUUAACACCCGAUCAUGCAUGAAAAAAAUAAAUACCGUCAUAUACCGUGAAACCGGUAUAAUUUUGAAAAAUACCGUGAUAUACAUUUUUGGUCAUACCGCCCAGCACUAGUAAGAACAAACUAGUAGUAGUAAUAAUUUUGAUGUAUGGUAUUAUUGGAGUUGACAAAGCUCUAUAACCAGUUUCAGUCAGUUUUAUUUAACUUCUAGACUUUGAAAAAUCUUGAUUCCUUUUGUCCAUAUAAUUAAAGAAAGAAUUGCAUGCAUGCUGCUUUGGACUAACAUGAGGUUUAGUAAAUGAUGACAGAAUUUUAAUUUGAGUGAACUUCAUCUUAACUGUUAGCCAGUUCGUAAAUGUUAAAGCAAGACUUAGACCGACAGCAUUUGUCACCCACACAAACCACAGAGGAAACCGUCUGGUGUUUUUUGGCUCACAGCUGAACUUGACAUCAAUGGGAAUAUGAUUGAAGAAACUGAAUUCAGUGGAAGAUGAAUGUUUAACACCAGUACAUUCUGUAGUGUCAAACCCCACCAUUUCCUGUAAAGACCAACAUCCUUAUUUGCUUCUCUAGAGUGUGCUGCUUCUAACAGAGUUGUUGUAAAAUGAAAAAGAAGUACAUGAAAUUACUAAUCGUAGCACUAGCUAGCAGCUUUUGCGUCGUACUCUUCUUUUCCAAGCUAAAGGAUGUGGAACACAGCCAAAAAGACUUGGCUAAGAUCCCUUCGGUUCCAGCUGCCACGCCUAGAAAACCAACAACUGUAGUGAUAAGCACUAUCAAAAAGAAAACCAAAAGUGCUAUGCCAUAUGAACUCCCACCACUAACAAUUUCUGAGACUUUCAGAAAAGACAUUCCCAAAAACGGUGCCUUCUGGAACCGGAAGCUUCAUUCUCUCCUCAGGCAGUUUGACUCCAUCGACAAUCAAACACGCAAAGACCCACGUGACAAGUUUCACUGUCAGCCUGAGAGUUUUGAGUUGCUACAAACCAACAUUCAGGAUAUUCAGUCGUACCCUCCCCUUUAUGGAGACUUCCUUAGAGGCAUGGAGUGUCGAGACCCACCGCUUCUUAUCGAUCAGCCUGACAAGUGUGCGUCAGAGAGCAGACCGGAUCAAAUUUUCUUACUUUUUGCAAUCAAAUCUAUUCCAAAGCACUUCGAGAGGCGCCAAGCAGUCCGAGAGACCUGGGGAAGAGAAGGCUUGUAUGAAAACGGACUUCAGGUACGAAUUGUCUUUCUGCUGGGCCGAUCAUCUGCAGAUGAUCCCAAUCUCGACAAACUGGUUACAUUUGAAGCUCAGCAGUUUCAAGAUCUCCUCGUCUGGGAUUUUCAUGACUCCUUUUACAACCUGACUCUCAAGGAGCACGUGUUCAUCAAGUGGAUGCUUGAUAACUGUCCUCGCGUGUCUUUCGUUUUUAAGGGUGACGAUGAUGUUUUUGCUAACACUCAAGCGAUACUGAAUCAUCUGCAGUCUCUGGAGCCAGAACAGGCCACAGCGUUGUACACCGGGCAGGUAAUUUCUGAUGCCAGCCCGUUACGGGACCCUAAAAUUAAAUAUUAUGUUCCUCAGUCGUUCUAUGAAGGUCCUUACCCUCCUUAUGCUGGUGGCGGCGGAUUCCUUUUUUCUGGAAACCUUCUUCCGUCUCUUUAUCACGUUUCCUUUUACAUACCCUUUUUCCCAAUUGAUGACGUUUACAAUGGGAUGUGCUUCAAGGCACUUGGAAUCAUUGCAACGAAACACGACAGUUUCAAGACCUUUGACAUUCGGGAACAAGACCGAGAGAACCCCUGUGUACACAAAGACCUGCUCCUGGUGCACCAGCGUGACCCUCAGCAGACCAUGAGACUGUGGAGAAAUAUGCACAGUGCCAUGCUGACCUGCUGAUGUUUGUAAACUACUAAACAGCAUUGAGUUCAGCUGUAGUGCUUGAUAAAACCCAUGUUGGAAAAGAAUGACCUGGUGAAAUUUUCUGGGGGGCAACAUGGAGACAAUGCUGAGCAUUAAAGGAUAAGACUCUUUUUGUUUUUUCUUUGAAUAUUAUACUUGAAAGAAAAGUGGUUCUCCAACACCAUCAUAUCUUAUGUUUCUGUGCAACUGAGCAAGGUUAAAUAUUAUAGGUAAUUGAUUUAAUCAUCAUUCUCUCAUCAUCGUGUCAUUCCAAAAUCGUACAGAACAAGCUUUGCUUUGUUCUGUGGAACACACAUUUUGAGGAAUGUUUCAGAUGUUUUUGUUCUUCUGAAAAUUAAUAGAAUCCAAAUCUUUAGAGCUCCAAAAAAAUACAUAAAGGUAGUGUAUAUUGAAGUGGCAUGAUGUAUGCUGAAUGGACCACAAUUUUAAAAUGCACUAUUUUAUACACCCUCAAAUCAAAACAAAGAAGGACAUUCAUGGAAACACAAACCUAAAUAAUUUAAAGGGAGAGUUCACCCAGAAAGUCAAAGUCAUGUACUCUACCCCAGUGGUUCCCAACAACGUUCCUGGAGGCCCCGCAACACUGCAUAUUUUCCUUGUCUCCUUAAUCAAACACACCUGAUUCAGUUCAUCAGCUCAUUAAUUCAGACUCCAAUACCUGAAAUGCCUCCAGGAACGUGGUUGGGAACCACUGCUAUACUCAGUGGAAGUUAAUGGCUACCAUUAUACAAAAUACCCUGUUUUGUGGUUCACACAGAAAGAUGUCUAACAGGUUUGGACAUGACAUGAGGGUAUUUUGAUUCAAACUUAUACUGGCUACAUUCACUCUACAAAAAUGUGUCCCAGUUGUUCUUGUUUUUUUAAUGGUUCCCAUAUGUGACCCACAUCGUUUUAUUUCAUGCACAAACCACAUGGAAUCUGAUCUUUUUGCUUCUGUUUUAUGGACCAUAUGUGGUCCUAAAUCGAUUCAGGUCAAAUGUUUUACUAUACGACCGCAGUCUGAACAAUCAUAUCUGAAUUCAUGUGACUUAUGUCAUUCGUUCACACUGGAAUCUGACACAUUUAAAAAUGAUAAUGUGCACAGCCGUAUAAAAAUCAGAUUGGAUCAAAAAAUCUGAAUUGAGCAAUGAUUCUUGCAGUGUGAUUGUAACUGGCUUAGAAUAUGCAAUACUACUGAAGCUUAUGUAUUUAUUCACACUACCUCUGUAUGUCCUAUUUUGGACCUAUUCUGGAGUUUAAACCUUGUUGACUUAAGCAUUCUGCACAAUAUGUUCUGUGAGAAAGACGGAUACACUAUUUAACAAGUUUGCAUGUGCGAAAUGAGAUUGGUGUGUGAGUGAAAUGCAAGGGUGACAGUAUUGCUUGAAAUAACUGUUCAUGAGAACCACAUUUCGUGGAACAUUUCUCAGAAUAGUGAUCUGUGAUAACUGUUGGGUGACUACCAUCGUUAUCUGUGACAUCUUUAUACAUGAGUGCCUUGUCUACUUGUGAUAAAUGUAAAAAAUAUAACAAAGUAUGAGAUGAAUUUUGUAUAUUUUUGAGGUUCAGUCUGUAUAUGCUUAAACUGUAAUUUAAUGUGUCUAGACUGUUAUAUUGUUUUCACUCUGCAGUAUCCAGGUGUCUGUGCAAGUUAUAUUGAACUGCACAAAUGAAACAAUGUUAAGUUCACAGUUAUUUAGUGAGUGUUAUAACUGAAAUAAAAACCUAACAUAGUGCAGUUCACAGUUCAACAAGCAUUUUAUAGAAUUGACCGUUUUUAUUUAAUUCUAAAUAUGGAGGAAGCAGGCACUGACAGAGGAAUGAGGAAGCUGUGGGUGAACCACUCAUUAUUGUGACACGAAUGGACAAGUCUGCAUUCUUUAACUCUUAUGAGAAUAGAUAAAAUAAAAUAUCUAUAAAAUAUAUUUAAAUGCUUUUGUGUUUGCUAACAAAACAUUUGCAUUUUGCGUUCUCUAGGAAAAGUAUUACAUUCCCCUGAGAAACGUAGUGUUUGCUUGCAAAAGUGUUGAACUAAUUCAGAAUAUUUGGGAUGCCUGUGCUGUUACUAUUUUGUUGGUAUACUAGGUAAAGUUAUCUAGUUGAUAUUGCUAGAUAACUAGUUAUCUAGUUGUUAUCUGGUUAUCUGGUUUUCUUUUCUGUAUUUACAUGAACAGUUUUGCGGUAAUCAAAGUGACAUAUUGAUUUCAGUACUUUCUUUUUUGUGUUAUUUGUAGGCUAAUGAUUAAGUUAGGUAAUUACAUUUUAACGAGGUCAAGCGCAUAUGGUUUUAUGUGGCCAGAUUUUGCAGCUGCAUUGUUUCUUGUUGACAGAGGCAUCUCUCAUAAGUGAAUAUAGGCAGUUUUUAAAAGAUUUUAAACAUUUGCUCGUUAAUUUUCCCAGUGGUUGGGUUUUUAUUUUAUUGCGCAUGUUGCACUUUCCACAUAGAUCCUACUAAUGUCUUUGUCUUCAUGUAGAACAUUAAGAUUGUGUGAAUGAGCACCCCAAUUGUAACUGUUGUGUGAGCUAUGACAUGCAAUCUCAGAGACAUUAAUAAAUGUAUUUAUAGCAUCCAUAUUUUCUUCAGAUUAUUUGAAGAAAUUAUUAGGGGAACUGCAACUUGAAAACUGUUAACAAUCAAUUUUUGUCUUGCUUUAUCGAUUACAGAAUGCACAAUUAUUGCAGUAAUUUGCACACUGACGUUUACGCUAAUAGUUCUAUAAUUAUUAUUGGUGACUUACACUGUUAAAUACAGCAAAAAUGAAGCAAACUGCCUUUUUUUAAUUAACUAGAUGUUCAUUCUUAGAAUUACUGGCUUUUGAAAUUACAUUGAAGUUUUUGGUUUUUGUAUUGAUAUUUUUGCAUUUAGUCUAUAUAAAUCAUGAACAAUUUUAAAUCGUACAUGAUUUAUAUCUUAUAAUAUCAAAAAAGUAAAAACCUUUUGGCAGUGGAGUGAGGAAAUUAUUAUUUUACUUACAGUGCCUCCUGGUGCUUAAGAAUUACAAUAUUUACUGUAAUUCCCCAGAAUUUUCAAGACUCAAGUGCUUUUAGGUGCCCUGCAAAGUGAAUUUUAAUAUGGAUUAAAUUCAUAAUAAAUUAAUAUUAUACAAAUACAUACAUUAUACAAAUGCUUUGAAUAGACGUUCUGGAAAAGUGGAAGCAACUUUUUGAAUUUAAAAAUGUCUUGAUGGACGUUUCUUACAAAUAAUCACACAAAAUAUUUGGAAGAACAUGGGAAAAAAUAUGGAAGACAACAGCUACCAUCAGCUGUUUGGUUACCAACAUUUAUUAAAAAUAUAUUCUUUUGAGUUCAAUAGAAGAAAGAAACUCAUACAGGUUUGAAACAAAUUGAGCGUGAGUAAAUGACGACAAAAUGUUAAUUUUUGGGUGAAAUAUCCCUUUAAACUCCAACAAAAUACAUAGACAUACAACAUAGACCUCUAUAUACAUGUAAACUAAACUGAUAAUAAAUUGUAAACAUGUUCCACAUUGUGUAGCAAAUAUUUUUCAGAAUUUCUAGACUAUUUUAAGUAGAAAGUGAACAAUGUAUUUACAUUUAACGCAUGGC